AAUAUGAGAAACCAGUUGAAGAAGUAGAUCCGCAUGAAAAAGACACAUUCCACGUUCUUGCUGCUGACGUCCCUUUCAGACUCAGCGCCCUGACACGCUCCUGUGUGGUGAUUCCCUGCAGCUUCCAGUUCCAGGAGGAUGUGCCUCUCACACGUGGCAUCUGGUCCAAAAAAAACGGGGGGCAUCGUCUUCCAUAACGGCCAGAGCCGAGUGCUUGACCACUUCAAAGGCCGCACAAAAAUAUUAGGAGAGCUGAGUGAAGGAAACUGUACAUUAGAGAUUGAUGACAUCAAACCCUUUGACAAUGGGCCCUUCUGUUUCCAUGCAGAGAAAGGAAAUGACAAAUACAGAUUCAACAAUAGCUGUGUAUUUAUUGUUAUGAAAGCUUCCCCAGAAAAACCAGUGAUGACCUCAGUUCCAGCAGAAGUCGAUGCUGGCUCAACGAUUACUGUCUCGUGUUCUGUGAUGCACACAUGUCCAUCACAUCCUCCAGUGCUCUCAUGGAGUGUCCCUAGCCUCACCAGUGAGGUCAUACACACCUCAAUGCAGCAGGGCAUCUGGCAGACAACCUCCACCAUCAGUUUCAUGGUUGCAGGAGGAGACGGAGUCAAAAACCUAACUUGUACUGCCAUCUCCUGGCGUGGCAAGCAACAAGCCAACACAGUAAAGCUGACUGUAAAGGGAUCACUAAUGUACCAGUUAAGAAGCUCUCUACCAGUAUCCAUUCCAGUGUCAAUUCUCCUGAUUGCAAUCAUCCUAGCUGCAGUGUUUGGAGUGUUCAUUUAUAGGAAAAGGAAGCGCACUGACGACUCGCCACCACCUCGACCAGAGAAAAGGCGAUCACUAUGGGAUAGAUUAUCCAGGAGAUACCCCGAAGGCAGGGAGAGACCCCCAAGGCCGGAAAAACGGGGGUCCAUUUGGAGUCGAUUCUCCCGGGGAGCAAGGGACGACGGUGUCAAGUGGCAAAAUGAGAGGAGACCCAGACGCCAAGAUGACUCUGUGAACCUCAGUGUUGGCUAUUCACACAACAGCACCGCGGUCAAAUGUGACACUCAAUUCUCCAAACAACGCUUUCCAUCCCCAAAGGAAAACCGGAGACCUCCUCGCUCUGCCAGGCCUGAGGUUAGUAGUGCUGUGGAUAGCCUGUAUGGCAACAUUUAAGUUCUUCAAGAUAUCUUGCAAAAAUCUCGUGCUUCCAGGACCAUGUUGCUGUUAUCAUUUUACAUUAAUAUACAUGCUUAACAUUACAUGCUUGUUUCUGUGUGGGAGAAGUGAUGUCGGCCUUGUAUUUAAAACAAUUUACUCAAUCAUAAAAUAUAUAAAUAUAAAAUAUAUCAGCUGUCGCUUAACUGAAUUUGUUCACCUGUUAAAUAAACAUAAUAAAUACUUAGUACAAACUCCA